AUGGGUGAAUCAACUGCCAUCAUGUGCCUUUUCAAGUUCUACGAAUACAUUGUUGAAAUAUUUGGUGAUAGGUACUUGAGAAGGCUAAAUGCUGAUGAUGUUCAACGUCUUCUUCAAAUGCAUGAUGAAAGACAUGGUUUUUCUGGCAUGUUAGGUAGCCUUGAUUGUAUGCACUGGAAAUGGAAAAAUUGUCCAGUUGCUUGGAAAGGAAAUAUGUCGGAGAUUAAUGUCACGGUGAACGACACUACAUAUACGAAGGGCUAUUAUCUAACAGAUGGAACAUAUCCCGAGUGGGCUACAUUUGUUAAGGCUUUUCCUUGUCCGGAGGAUCCCAAGAGAAAGUUGUUUAAGGAAAGACAGGAGUCUGCAAGAAAAGAUGUUGAACGGGCAUUUGGGGUGCUCCAAUCUCGAUGGGCGAUUAUCAGAGGUUCAGCUCGGUAUUGGUAUAGGAAAAAGUUAAAACAAAUCAUGUUAGCAUGCAUUAUUUUGCAUAAUAUGAUUGUUGAGGAUGAGGGAGGUCACGUGACAAAUUGGUACAACGAAGAAGGUGACGAACCCGCACAACCUAUCCAUGGCUCAAACCGAGGAUUUCAGGAUUAUCUUCGAACAAAUUCUGAGCUACGUGACACUCAAGUUCAUCACCAACUUCGCGCCGACUUAGUUGAGCAUAUCUGGGGGCAAUACAACAACAAUCCAUGA